AGUAUUACAAAGUCACAAUCUAAACAAGCGAAGCAAAAUUAUUCAACAUAAAACGCCAAUAAAUAAGUUUAAAAAAAAUUCUAACGAAUAAAAAUAAUUGAGUGAAAUAAAUUUCGUGAGAAAUAAAGUGAAAAUGUCGCUAUUACCAUACCUUAUUGAUGAAAUGUUGCCAACAAGCUAUCAUCAACCAAGCUUGCGUACGGCCAAUUUUUGGACAUCACCAAUUGAAUGCAAGCUAUUCGGUUCGUUAAAUCCAACCAGUUAUGUGCGGUCAACACUGUCAAAUUUUAACGAUCUCGAAAAACAAGCAAAACUUGGAAAAGACUGUUUUCAAGCCUGUCUCGAUGUCGCUCACUUUCAACCAAACGAAAUUUCGGUAAAAACCAUCGAUAAUACCAUUGUCAUUGAAGCAAGUCAUGAAGAACGAGAGGAUUCACACGGUUACAUUUCAAGACGAUUCACACGACGAUACGAUUUACCAGAGGAUUUCAAAGCCAAAGAUGUCAUUUCUUCAAUUUCAUCCGAUGGCAUACUAACGAUCAAAUGCCCAAAAUCCGAACCGGCUGUCGAAGGAAACGUCCGUCAUGUUCAAAUUCAACAAACCGGACCAGCACGAUUAAACGUUGUCAACAAAGAUGACAAGAAAAUCACCAAAGAUCAAAAGAAAUAAGCAUUCCCGUUCAGAUUCAUUAAAGUAGAAAAAAUUACACCAUUGUUUUUCAAUUCCAAUCUAAAUUCUUUCAAAAACUGAUAAGUUUUUAUUUGUAGAAAUUAUGUUUAUAUGUAAGUCAUGUUAUAAUAAUUAUUUCAUUUUUGGAUUCUGUCAAAAUCAAGUCAUACAAUAAAUAGCAGCUUUAAUUUCACAAAAAGAUAAA